CGCACUGCCUUCGACCCCCCCCGGGACUGCCGAGGAAAAAAUCAAGUUUAUUAUGUACAUGCUGGAAGAAACCAUACGGCAUAUGCCAGUAGGUAGGACUGUACUAGUUCUGUGACGAGUUGCCAAAGGCUUUCGUGAUAUCAUAUCAAAAUUAAGGGACGGCAUAAGGACUCUAAAUUGAUCUCGUGACCCGCUAGGCCAUGAACCUUUACCCUUUCUACUUAAUAUCUGGAUAGUAGCAUUGAGAAGUGGAUGAUUGUGACGGAUUUGCACGGCUUCAGCCUGGCAAAACAUGGGGACAGUCAGGUUUCGCGCAAGUUCGUCGAGAUACUACAGGACCACUACCCUGAGCGCUUGCACAGCAUGGUGGCCAUCAAUGCACCCGCUAUCUUUGUAGGCUUCUACAAGGCCCUUUCCGUAUUUAUAGACAAGACAACGCGGAAGAAGUUCCAGGUCAAGGGGAAAAUGGACAAGAAAGCUGCGCAUGAGUACCUUACCCAAUAUAUUACGCAAGAUCAGCUAGAGGAUUGCUACGAUGGAGUUUUGCCCACAAAGGUACCUCCAAACAUUGUCGAGAUCCUGGAACCUCUAUGGGAACAACACAAAUCAGCCAAAAAAAGAGGCUAAAAAGGAGGCUAAACUUGUUAAAAAGGCCAGCAAACAAGCAAAUAAGCUGAAAAAUAGUGCGAGUAUUGAAGAAGAGAGCAAAGUGGGGGGAGGGACGGAUAGUCAUACGGCUAAGCUCACGAAGGUCGAUACAGUGUACUUGGAUGACAGUGAAUUGGCCGACGAGAUGGCUAAGUUAUGAACGGAUCGAUACGUUCUCCAUGAAGUAAUUAAGACAUCGCCCUGUGCACCUCACAAAUACAUUCGAGCUACAAUACCCAAAGCAUCUCAUAACGUCAAAAUCUCCUGAAAAUGUUCAUGUGAGGAGACCCUGAACAAAUAUCGCCUCCUAAAAAAAGAACACAACCCCUCAAAGUAACCCCUGAAAGGCUGAAACCCUACAUCUGCUAAUCUAAAGUCAAACUCAAAAUAAACCUGAAAACCC